CUCACACACACACUUAUUCUCUCUCUUUUUCAAAGGUGAUCGGAAGCUCAUAUUCCAUGGGGAUUUUUUUCUCAAAACAUGAGACAGAUCUGAAUCAAAAUGGUUAUUCUUCACCUUGUCGCGAAAGAGGCCAGCGGUCCGACAUGGCGCUACACCGAGCUGCAUUAAAGGGCGACUGGAAAGCUGCUCGAGAGCUUUUGAUCGGAAAUGAAGACUUGAUCAGAACCGCUAUAACAGAGGGAGGUGAAAUCGCAUUGCACAUAGCUGCCGUCGAGGGCCAUGAAUAUUUCGUCCAAAAUUUAUUGCUAAAUAUGGAAGAAGAAGACGUGAAAACUCGUAACAAGAAAGGGUGCACUGCACUAUGCUUUGCUGCAGCAGCUGGCCACGUUCAAAUUGCUAAAUUAAUGUUGGAAAAAUACCCAAAUUUGGCAAAUAUUAAGGGUGACAAUGGAGUUUGGCCACUCUAUAUGGCUGUAUUGCAAGGGUUUGGUGAAAUGGCUUACGUUCUCUACCCUGAAUCAAAUAUCGGAUCGUGGACCCCGCUAGAAAAGGCCAACUUGUUGACGUCAGCAAUCGACUCCGAGCUAUAUGAUGUGGCUGAAAAGCUUGUGCGCGAAGACAAAACGUUAGCUGUGACUAGUGACAUCAAUGGCGUAACACCGUUGCAAGUGCUUGCUCGGAAUCCAUUAGCAUUAUCAUGUGACAAAAGCCAAGGAUUUUGGGACAAGAUUAUAACAAAUGUACGGAGCUACGCGAAGAUGUCAAAGACCGACGACAUGAAUGUAAAGCGUGAUGCCUCUAAAUUAUUUGCUUGUUUGUGGGAUGCCAUUGAAUCAUAUGAACGAGAUGAUAUUGAAGCAGCAAUACAUACUGAAGGAGCCGGAGUUACUGAUUCAGUACGUGCUGAAGCAGCAGCUCAUGCUGAGUCAGCACGUACUGAAGUAGCCAUUCCUACUGAGUCAAUAAAUAAUGUAACAGUAGAAGCUACUGAGUCAACACAUGCGGAAACAAUAGCUUCUACUGGGUCAACAACAGAUACUGAGUCGGAAAAUAAUGAAACAACAAGAGUUAGAGUGGUAGAUUCAUCGGAAUUAUUUUUUAUAGCGGCGGAAUCAGGAAACGACGACUUCUUAGUGGAGCUAUUCAAUAACGACCAUAAUUUACUAUACAAAGUAAAUAUGGACCGCCAUAGCAUAUUUCAUGUUGCAGUUUUGCGUCGCUACGUAAAAGUGUUCAACUUGAUGUAUGAGUUGGGCGGUACCAAAGAUUUGCUAGCAACAUAUGUAGACAAUGAUGGUAACAACAUACUGCACUUGGCGGGAAAAUUGGCACCUCAAAAUCAGCUUGACACUAUCCCCGGGGCAGCUUGGCAGAUGCAACGGGAAGUUAUGUGGUUCAAGGAGGUCGAGAAGCUCGUACGUCCCGCAUCCAGACACAAGAAGAACAAGAAAGGGCAAACGCCUCACGAAUUAUUCGUGGCCGAGCACAAAGGCAUACGAGCGGAAGGGGAGAAAUUCAUGAAGCAAACCGCGAAAUCAUGCAUGAUGGUGACGAUGCUGAUAGCGACCGUGGUGUUCACAACGGCUUUCACGGUCCCCGGCGGAUACAACAACAGCGGCAUCCCAAUCCUCAAGAACGAGAGGAUGUUCGUGAUCUUCCCUCUGUCGGAGGCGGUGGCGACGCUCUCCUCUCUCACCUCGAUGCUCAUGUUCCUCUCCAUCCUCACGUCCCGCUACUCUGACGAGGACUUUCUUAAAGCACUGCCGAUUUGGAUGGUGGUGGGCGUGUCGACGCUCUUCUUCUCCAUUGUGGCGAUGAUGGCGUUGUUCUGCUCGUGCUUGCUGUUUUUCGAGCGCGGGUGGGUGGCGACGACGUUGCUCUUGGCUUUCUUCGGGUGUGUGCCGUUAAUGUUUGUGGUGUUGAAGUAUCGUCUCUUGAUGACUAUACUGCGUUGUACUUAUAGCUGUACUUGGUUGUUCCGGUCCCACAACAAGUUGCACUCUAAGGUGCCAAGUGGCGGAUCAUGGGGGGAGGGGAGCAGGAGGGCGCGGCCGCCCCCUCCUGACCGUCUGGACAACCUAAACAUCCCUUAGAGUCGAGUCGAAAAUAGAUCGCCCCCUUUGCGUAUAGAAAUAUACGCAUUUGUUUUCAAAUGAGUGCAGAAAAGUAAAUGUGACAGUUAAUGCGGGGCAGAGAUAGCAUUUGUUUUCAA